AUGGUGGAUUCUUCACUACCUGGUCGCAGCAUUGAGGCAUUUUUGGACCGGUGCGGUGAUGGGUGCCUGUAUGAUGGACUGCGUUUGAGCCUUCGCAGCGUCUACUUGGAUGGCUACGGUCCUCUGCAGCUCCUUUCGGGUGCGUCAGUCUUGCGCGUGGACGUCCAGAUUCCGGCCCUUCCGGCGCUGCAGGAGCUCCGGGAUCGCGUCCUGGGCGGCGACUUCGAGCGAGAUGUAAACGCGUUCGUCGGCGAUCCUUUCCAGAUCCAGAUGGACAAAGCCAGGUUCCUGGAAGUUUACGAGCAAAGCCUUCUCGCUUUUGGGGAGCCUGCGCCGGAGCGUCGCGAGAAGUUGAAGGAGAUGAUAGGCCUACAGGAGAUCCAUCUCCGGCUCUCCUCGCCGAGCCUGGCAGCUUCCUUUCUGGACGUUCUCGAGGUGAGACCCUUGGCGCAGGGCUUGUACGUGGCUUCGACGGAGGCCAAAGUGUUGGAUUUCGUGCAAUGCUUGGCAGAUCAAAUUCAGAAGGACUCUGGCGAUAGCACCUGGGAGCAGUGCAGGGCAAGGGUGAAGGACACCUUGUCCAGGCUCACACUUAUCCAUGCUCCAUACACUACUCUUCUGCUUCCGGAGUUGGAUGGCAACUACGUGUGCACGGAGCCUGUGUUCAACGUGGACGAGACCUUUGACUUUGGCAUGUUCGAGGGAACUGAAAAUGUCCUUUCUGAGUGCUUUGAUGAGGCGGAGAGUAUUUGGCUUUCAAGCAUCUCUUCAGAGAGCCGAUGGCUUCCGUCUGACCCAUCACACCUGGCGCCCGAGCUCGCAAGCUCAAGCAGUCCUUCGAUGUUGCUAAGCGCAGACGUUGAUGAACGGACUGCAGCCUGCUUGGGCCUUGAUGGCCCACCAGUCAAAACGUCCCUUUUUAGCUGCGACGACUGGAGUCCAGAUUGCCCAUGUGGGUUCACCUGUCCUGUGAAUUUGCUGGAGGAAACUCUUCAUUCUGCGCCGCCGAGUCUUGAUGCGACAAGAUAUGUAAAGUACGCCGAUCAUGUCCUGAGAGCUCUUCGACAUGUGGUGGAGACGUUUCCUGGGAUCAGCUUUCAGCAUCGCCUGGCAUUUUUGGUGCCGGAUAAUGACUUUUGCGACAGGUUGAAGCCGCUUCUGCAAAAGCGUCUGCGGCACCGACUUCCACAUAGGCGCCUCUCCCUGCUCUCUUUCGAGGAAUCCUUGCGCACGCUGCGUUCUCUGCCAACCACUGUUUCUUCGGCGGCAGAGCAAGAGAGUAUCGUUCUGGAUUGCGUUGACAACGCAGAUGGUUUGGGCAGUCUGAUGGCGGUUUGUAUUGGGCUGGAUGCACCCAGAGGUGGUCAUCCUGGUGGUAUGCAGACAUCCCAACUUUAUCGGGGCAUAAAGCAUGCUCAACUUGUCGCGUACGUGGUGAAUGAACGCUUGCCAGGUGGGUGGUUGCAGCUGUGGAGCGCAGACCAAAAAGAAGCAGGUGGCAACGAAGAGCCAUUUGUAAAUGAUGCGCAUGCAGCGGUUUGUGCUGCACUUGAGCUCGCAGAGGCUGGUCUGAGCUUUGAGGCACCCCCUACAGAACGACACUGA